GAGGGUGACACCUCACAGGGAAUAUCACUUUGUUCCGUCCUCUCAGAGAGAGCUCUGUUCUUUCUUUUUUCUUUUUUUUAUCUACUAAUUUCUUCUUCUCUGGUGUGAUAUUCUGUCAGGAUUGAUUCAGUGAGGAUGAGAUUACUCAUCAUUUCCUUCUUACUAAGAACAUCUUAGCAUUUCAUUACUUCCUUUCAUUUUUUUCAAUGCAAAUUCCUUCCAAGGCCAUUGUUCAGCCGAGUGUCUGCUAUGUGAAUGUGUUUGUGUGUGUGUGUGUGUGUGAUGGAAGGUGAAGUGAGAUCAGGCAGCUUGCUCUGCCCUUUGUGCAACUCCUGCUCGGAUAAGAUGCUGUUGCUCUUUCAGUCUUUGAACCGAAUGCUACAUUGAGUGGAGGAGGAGUCCAGCUUACAGCCCACUGAGCGAUAGAACAAGUGAACGAGAGAAUCUGUUCGUCUGCUAUGACCCAAAACAAUGGAUAUUAACCUGCAGUCACAUCGCUUCUACUUCCCCCAGAUCUACUGUGACGCCAACGCUCAGGUCAUUGAGUAUAAGCUCAGUGAACAGAGUAUUUGCCAGGCCCGUGCCUCUGUAAUGGUCUACGAUGACACCAGCAAGAAGUGGGUGCCCAUCAAACCAGGCCAACAAGGCUUCAGUCGCAUCAACAUCUACCACAACACUGCCAGCAACACCUUCCGUGUGGUGGGGGUCAAACUGCAGGAUCAGCAGGUUGUCAUUAACUACUCUAUUGUAAAGGGGCUGAAGUAUAAUCAGGCCACUCCUACAUUUCACCAGUGGCGUGAUGCCAGGCAGGUGUAUGGACUCAACUUUGCCAGUAAGGAGGAGGCCACCACCUUCUCCAACGCCAUGCUGUUUGCCCUCAAUGUGCUCAGUACCCAGGAGGCAGGUCCAGCAGUUCAGCGCCAGGUACAGAACGGCCCCACAGCGGAAGAACUGGAGGUGCAGAGAAGACAGAUGGAGAUGCAGCAGCAGCAACAGCAGCAGCAGCAAAUGCAGGCACAUAUUGAGAGAGAGCGACGCUCAUCCAACUCAGGCUCCCCAUUUCAGGGACAUCCCGCAGUGCUCUCGGUGGCACCUCCAAGCAUAGUGCCACCCGUCAUGUCAAUUGGAAGCCCAUGCCCACCUCCACCUCCUCCUCCUGCACCUCCCGGGCCUCCUCCUCCAGCAGCAGGAGCCCCUCCUCCUCCACCGCCCUUACCUCUGGGUGGAGGUGGGUAUGGAGGUCAUCAUCAUCAUCAUCACGAGGAUGCGCACGCACCCACCGGCCUCGCUGCCAUGAUCGCUGGGGCCAAACUGCGCCGAGUGCAGAGGCCUGACGAGAGUUCAGGAGCCAAAAACGAUGCCAAUCGGACGAGCGGAGGGAGUGGGGGCCUGAUGGAGGAGAUGAAUGCCCUGCUGGCACGACGACGGAAAGCAGCAAACCAGUCAGAGAAAGAUGGAGACUGCCAAAAUGAUGAUGCAAAUUCCUCUCCAAUGUCUAGAGGACAGAACGCAGAUGGUGCAAAGAAGCCAUGGGAUCGAGCUAACUCUGCAGAGAGAUCAUCACUGGUAUCAAGAGUUCGACCUGUGGGCAGUAGCAGUGACACAGACGCCUUAGACUUGGAUAGAAUGAAACAAGAAAUCUUGGAAGAAGUUGUUCGUGAAUUGCACAAGGUGAAAGAUGAAAUCAUUGAUGCCAUUAGACAUGAACUUAGUAGAAUUAGCACGACAUAAUCUCCCAGCCUCAUGUGACCCCUCUUUUAUGAGCCCUGACCCCUGGCAGGAACCGCUGUAGCUGAAGAGGGGACGACACCCAGCAACGUUACCGCCAUGUUAAAGCAAAUGUAUUAGUUUGCUCUAACAUGUAGUCUACCUUGUGGUACCCCUCAGAUACAAAAACGGAUGGAAGACACUUGCACUGACCUCUCUGUUUUCUGGUUUAAAUUUAUAUUUGGCAAUGACCUUUUCAAGUCUUUAAUGUCUUUAUAGGAGUUUGUUCUAGAUGUUUUUCCUUUUUUUGGAUUGCUUUUAUUAUUAUUAUUAUUAUUAUUAUUAUUAUUGGUAGCAGUGUUUAUUUAGGUGGUAGUAGGUAUUUAUUUAGUGAUUUAAUAAUAAUAAUAAUAAUAAUAAUAAUAAUAAUAACCUGAACAUUGCCCAUGUCCACAUGUCAGCCUUUUAUAUUGUUUGACUUUUAUUUUCCUUUGUGUUAAAAAGAUUUGUUUCUCACCAUGAUUUUGUAAAAAUGUUUUUUAAACUCCUUUUGGCAACACAGAUGUGUAACCACUGACAGGAAGGUGGAACAUGACACUGGGGGACAGGAGACAAACUUUCUUUUUGGAUAUUGCGAUCUUACAAAAAAAAAAAAACACUACACCAGAGUAUUUGUGAUCAUGUUGUUAAUAAAAUGUUUAUUGGCUAAAAGGGUACAGUGAGAUAUGGUUUGUUUUGAAAUACCCCCUUUUUUGACUACGUCCUUUCAAGUACAUGAAAUCAAACUGUGCAUAAACUAGGUGAUAUGAUUCAUUUGUGAAGGAUUUGUACAGGAAACCACUUCAAGCGCGCCCCCUAGAGGCCAUACGCCCAUUAGCACAAUUCCAUUUUAUACUUAAUAAAACUGAAGACCUUUUCAAAUGCAAGAGACUGAUAAAACAUGCAUAAG